AUUGCGAAUUCUUCUCCUCUCUAGAUCUGGAAGUGCCGCGAUUGUAUUUUUAACGCAAUUUGUCGCUCUUGUUUUCGCGGUACUUUGGAAGUACUUUUCAAGAAAUCAUACAGUUUACCAAGCACUAUGGGCGUGCUUUAUAAUUGUUGCCACAUUUUCCGCGGCAUCAGCCAUGUUUUAUCGUUUGCCGAUUGCCAGAGACUUCUGCAGGUUUUAUCGCUCGACGGUCAACUGUUAUACCCAAAAAAUGCCAGCGGGGCUGUCUUGUACAGUAUAGCAGCCGCUGGACAUCCAGCACAUCUUCGGAAGCCCAAAAAGCGUUUGGAAGUGUUGCACUGGGCAGAUCUGAGUUUUAACGAACAGCGCAUCCAUUAUUGCUUUGCGUUUAUGUGAUACGAACAACUUCGUCCCGCAUUUUCCUCCGCCACUUUAAAGCCAGAAAGAACGCAAUUACAUACAUGUACCGAGUGAAAGAAAAUACUGUUGCCGAGCAAAGGAAAACUUUGGUGCCAUCAUCCCCUGGACGCAUCUUCAAAUGUGAUCGUGAGCGUAACUGCUCACUGCAUCCGUUGCCUACAACCAUUUGCUGAGCCUAAAAUCACUAUUUGGCCGGAAACUGAACGCAACAUUGGGUUAAUAACAUCAUUAUUGAAGAUGUCUAAAAAAUGCCGAUACGCCAAUCCGCUGUUGUUGGAGCUGGAGGCGCUGGCCGAGGGAGUGGCGCCCGUUGCGAUGGUGCCGGCGCACGAACUCCAGGCCGCCAAUGACGCUAUUACGGCCUUGGAAGGCACCGUUGCUGCCCAUGUAGCGACCAUCAACGCACAGCAGACGACCAUCGGUGCGCAGCAGACGACCAUCGGUGCGCUGGAGGCGGAGCUGGAAGCGUCGAAGAAGGAGAAUCAGGAACAUCGUUGCAAAGACUCCAAGAAGCGCGGCCGGGAACAGCUGGAUUCGGAGGAGGAUCCGCAGUAUAAGCAGGCACGUUGCGCAUCGAUCCUGACGGCCUACCAGGCCGCGCAUCCGCCCGGCGACAGCGAAGCCAGCACGUCUGGAACGCAGGCGGGCGGCAGUGGGGCCCCGCCCGCGGCUGCGUCGACGGCCGGCCAAGGGAGUGUGCCUGUGCGCGGCGAACCAGCGGACGCAAUGGAAAAGGAUGAGAUGGACGAUCUCGCUCGCGCUUUGCAGGACUCGCAGGCCGAGGCGGACAAGCGCUAGAAAGAAGGCCAGUAACCGCGCGGUAUGCUGUGUGUCGUGCGGCGGAGAAAUGGAUUUUUGCUAGUAUUAAUUUAUUAGUAUUAAAGAGAUUUG